AUGGCGAAUGAUGAAUUUAAACUCGAUCAGCUGAAGAAGGAGAUUCCAGUGGAUGAAGAAUCUCUGGUUUUGAAUCGAGACUCUAGCGUCGGUCUCGUCAUCGUUGACGUCGUUAAUGGAUUCUGCACUGUUGGCUCCGGCAAUAUGGCUCCAACAAAGCAUAACGAACAGAUAUCGAAGAUGGUGGAGGAAUCUGCAAAGAUUGCAAGAGAAUUCUGUGAUCGGAAAUGGCCGGUUUUUGCGUUUAUCGACUCUCAUCAUCCUGAUAUAUCUGAGAAUCCGUAUCCUCCUCAUUGUAUCGUAGGAACUGAAGAAGCAGAGCUUGUUCCUGCUCUGAAAUGGCUUGAAAGUGAGGAUUGUGCUACUCUUAGGCGAAAGGAUUGCAUUAAUGGGUUUGUGGGUUCGAUGGAGAAAGAUGGCUCUAAUGUUUUUGUGGAUUGGGUUAAGGACAAACAGAUCAAAGUUAUUGUGGUUGUAGGUAUAUGCACAGACAUAUGUGUGUUUGAUUUUGUGGCUACUGCACUCUCUGCUCGAAACCACGGUGUUCUUCAUCCUCUAGAAGAGGUGGUAGUGUGCUCUCAUGCCUGCGCUACUUUCGACCUUCCUCUUCAUGUUGCAAAAAACAUCAAGGGAGCUCAGGCCCAUCCUCAGGAGUUGAUGCACCAUGUAGGUCUGUACAUGGCUAAAGGCAGAGGAGCUAAGGUAGUCUCUGAUAUUUCUUUUGAUACUUGA